AUGUCUUCCGAACAAAAUUAUCUCGGUUACGAAGCACUUAUAACAUAUUUGACGCGAAGCAGAAACAAAUCUUUUUGGGGCUUUCUACGCCGUUGCCGGGACGCGAUUGUUGCCACCACUUCAGCUACUUCUCACUGGGUGGAUCUCGAUAAUCUUUGGGCAGCUCGUUUUAUGCAUGAAGCAACUAAAUUUGAUGCUACUUUUGACAAUAAGUCGAUCAUUGGUUUGGCUAGGAGAACUACUGGGGUUCACCCUAAACCAUUUGAUUUUUGGCAUGCCCUUAUCACUAAAUAG